CCACCUGCCAGUCUCUCAUGUCUGUUACGCAUCAGAGAAGAGAGAUGGCGGAGGGGAAGGGCAACGGAAUGGACGCGGCGGCGCUUUCCCGGAAGCGGCCGCGGGCGCCCAUCCGGCGGACUACGAGCAUGAAGGAGUUCUCCGCGGAGGAUCUGGCGGCGGCGGUGGAGGGCGGAGAGGGUAUCCGUCGUCGCCACAACGAUUUCCUCCUGCGGGAGCGGCGGGUGGAGGCGGCGGCGUUGGAUGCGCCGCCGAGGAGCAUCCAUCGGCGAAGCUUCAGCGACGUCUGGGCGACGACCAAGUUCUUGAUGACCUGUGGCCUCUGCAAUCGCCGCCUCGGCCCUGGGUUCGAUACCUUCAUCUAUCGGGGUGAGAUGUCGUUUUGUAGCUUUGAGUGCAGACAACACAAGAUGAACCAAGAUGAGCUGAGAGAUAAAGGAAUGCUGGAGUCCAAGAAGAGUGAUGCAACCCACUCAACCACAGAUUCACAAAGCACUGGUGAUGGCCAAAGUUGACUGCUAAAUGAUGCAGAAUGUUAGUUCCUCCAAAACAUCAAUGAAGGUACACACCCCAGCUGCCUCAAAAGAAGUUUUCACUCUUAUUGCCAACCAACGCAGUAUUGUAUGUAUAUAUAUAUAUAUAUAUAUCA